AUGAGGAGCAAAAAGAGCCGUCAUAAAUUAGCCGCUCUCAACUUUCUAUCUAAUAUUUCUCUUGAUGGGAGACAUGAACAUAAACCUAAUGGAAUUGGCUAUCACUCUUCUGUCCCGUACAUUUUCAGUGCUGGACAAAAUGGCACAAAAACUUCUCCAGUUAACUCUUCUUACGAGCAGCAAGUUAAUGAUACAUUUCAUGAAAUAUCUGAAGAAUCAGUACCAACAAAGUUUUCGGGAGUACCUGAAAACAUCUUAAGUUCGGUGACAUGUGCCCAGAAUUAUGCUUUAUGCAAUACUUUCGUGGACACGCAUCUACAAAACAAUAGAUCUCAAACAUUUUCUAAGGUUUCUAUUUCAAAUGUUUCCUCUUUAUAUGUUACAGAUGUGCAACUGGGUAGUGAAAAACAAGAAAACUUCACCGAUAAAUCAUCUUCGAACAAACUGUCAGUCACUACUGAUUCGUCUAAUCGAAUCACUGAAAUGCAACCUAAGACUAAUUUUAAAAUUAAACUAUCUCAUGAAUCUGGUAAUAUCAGUUUGGAAGACAUAAAAGGACUGUGUAAAAUGAAUCCAAAAUCAAUGCAAACUAAUGCGUUAUCCAUAAUUUCCAAACGAAUGGCAUUAAGCCCCCUAGGUGCUAGUGGGAAACCAGUUACUUUGUUUUCAGUUUUACCAUAUCAUCGUAAAACAACGGGAUCUCACUUCAGAGUUGGACGUCGUCAUAUCCUUCCUCCCAGUUCCCACAAACUUUCUUCAGGUGUGCAACAGUUUCAGUCUCCCGCAAGUUCAGCCCGCCUACCACAGACUUCUAUAUCCACCGGUGUUACACAUGUUAAAGAUCUUAACCCUCAAUCCAAUUUUGUUCAUAAUGUGUUAAGUCUUAGCUCGUUUCGACCUGUUAAUGGUGAGACUAUUUCAUAUGCUCAUUUCAUUCAACCAAAUUGCCAAUUGUCAAAGAAUACUGUAAAAGUUGGGCAUCCAAUCGAUAUUCUACUAAAUUCAGGUUUCAGAUCAAAUUGUGAUUCGUUUACUCAUUUUCACGAAGCUUCUGCUAUACUUAACUCGAAUUAUUCUCGACGUAGCUUCUUGAGUAAUUCUACAGUAACCCCUUCGUCUAAUACACAUUGGCAUCAUUCUACGACGUCAUUUAAUAGACAACGCAAUCCUAGUUCAAGCAGUACAAAUUGUAACGUUUUUGGUUAUCCAGAUCCAUUGAUAAGUUAUAACCCAUUUCUUUUGGAUGAUCCGGAAUUAUUAGUUUCAACAGGGAAACGUGUAUUAAAACUUCCGAACUAUUUGACUAGUGUUUUGGGAUAUAUUCGACCGAAUGAACGUAAGCGUGAAGUCAAUCGACAAUUCCAUGAAAGGUUUCCAUCAAUACAAAUAACAUUAACGAAAUUGCGUAGCAUAAAAUUAGUAUUGGUACAAAUUGCUCAACGCUUGUCUAUGGACCUAUGGAUUGUUGCACAUGCUCAUGUGCUUUUCGAAAAAUUAGUACUCAAGUUGUUUUUAACAAAAUUGAAUAGAAGAUUAUGUGCUUCAGCUUCACUUUUGAUCAGUGCGAAACUGAAUGAUGUAAAAGGUUCACAAUUAUUCGAUUUACUUCAAGAAUUGGAGACAGCUUUUCGUAUCUCACGUCGUGAUUUAAUCAACACAGAAUUAGAUGUUGCAUUAGGUUUAGAGUUUUCUCUAAUUCCAUCUGAAUAUGAAAUUCUACCACAUUAUCAAAGGUUAUAUAAAAGUUUGAAUUUAACUUUACCAUUUCUACCGGCUGUGCUAACCACGAAUAAUACUAUUAGUGUUAAUUCUUGUGUUGUUACAUCGAGUAAUAUAAAUAAUAAUAUUCAUGAUGGUGAUAAUAAUAAUGUUAAUAUUAACAAUGUUAUUUGUACAGUGAAUGCCGAAAAUCAACAAUGUCUUGUAUAUACUGCUUCAUCAAACAUUUGCAGCACACAAAUGAACCAUUCAGUUACAAAUUUAUCACUUAGCCAAUGUAAUCGUAUUGAAAUAUGA